AUGCUGAAACAGAAAGCGGCCAGCGUCAAAUUGCCACGGAACAGCAAGAAGUGUGAGUUUUUUGCAUUUGAGGAAUUUCAAGCUAACAUGAGCAAUAUUUGACGGCUUGUCGGUCAAAAAAUGACAUCUUUUCGUGUCCCGGAGGAGACUCAAUCCGACUCCUCACAGAAAAAAUCAAAAAAUUUUUUUAAAGGAAUUUGACGAAAUUUGUAGCUCAGGCUGGUGUUUAGAAGGUCACAGGUUCGGCCCACCUUGGCGAUUUACUAUUUUUUGCAGUUUUUAUUGAUGCCUCUACUUGUUUUUUGCAAGUCAGGUCUUAUCAAGAAACACUUCGAAAGAUUUUUCAAGCUCGGCGCAUCCGGUAGUAGUCUUAACUGGUGUUCAGAAGGUCACAGGUUCGACCUCCCUUAGCGGUUUUUUUUUUUGCAAAUUUUAUUCAAACCUUUAGUUGGUUUUUAUUAGUUGGAUCUUUAUUAGCAAACACUUCAAAACCUUUCUUAAGCUUGGCGCAUUCGGUAGUAGUCUUAACUGGUCUUCAGAAGGUCACAGGUUCGAUCCCUCUUAUCGGCAUAUUUUUUUGCGAAUUGUAUUGAUGCUUCUACAUGCUUUUUAUGAUUCGGGUCAUGUUAAGAAACACUUCAAAAAAUUUUCCAAGCGUGGCACAUCCGGUAGUUGUCUUAACUGGCAUCUAGAAAGUCACAGGUUCGACCCCCCUUCUGAGCGGUAAUUUUUUUGCUGGAUUUGUAAGUUUUCUGAAACUGAAAACUAAUCUUUUCCGUGCAAUUUUUCUAUCUUGUGCCUUAUUUAGACAAAAUUUUCGAGUUUGACGCAAACGGUAGUGACCCUAACAGCUGCCCAAGGAGUCACAGGUUCAACCCCCAUCCAGAGCGGAAAAUUUUUUGCCGAAAAGUUUUGAAGUCUCUGAGCUAGAUUAUAGUUUUCCCAUUAAAUUUAUGUGCAAGAAAGAUUAAGAAAAAAAUUCAAUGUUUAGCUUUUUUUGGCUAGUAAUAAUGAAAGUCAGAAGUUCAGUUCCAUUCCAGAAAAACAUAUAUUUCUGCUUCUUUUUUUAAAAAAAUAUAUGACUAUAAACAGAGAAAAUAUGAGCUUCAGACAUGAAUAAAUCUAAAAAAAAAUUGGAAAAAGCUGUACCUUUGUCAUUGCCAAGGCAAUCUCCAAGCUUCAUCUCAUUUUUAGUCCUUUUCUGAGCAGAUGUUGUUGAUUUUUUCCUUUGAAAAACACGCCCGAAAAUGACCUUUUACGGCUGCAAAUCCUAUUUUCGAACCUUUUCUCAUUUUCCGACUGGAUUUUUAUUUUUCUAGGCGGUUUUGAAGUCUAGCGUGCUUCAGUUUUUGCUGUGAAUCGUGAAAAAUUAAUCAGAACUUGGGGCCAAAAACGUUUCAGCGAGUUUCAUGACGAUAUUAUGUGCGUGACUCGAAUAUUUUAAUAUUCAUGGUAUCAGUUCCAAGUAUGGAAAUAGUCGAGCGGAGAUCUCGGUUUUGAAAAAAUGAGCAAAAAUCAUAUUGGCAAAAAAAAAAGUAGAGACUAGGGAUCGAACCUGGGACCUUUUGAGCUUUGGCAAGGCUCUUACCAGUUGAGCCAAGCUGCAGGAUCUCAUGCAAUAGAUGAAAACCAUGGGUUUUGAUGCAUUUCAAGCUUUAUUAUAACUAAAGAAGACCCCUUGGAUUAUUUUUGAAAGCGAAAAAAACUCAUUGGCCUUUAAUACUGAAACAAAAAAAUAAUUGAAAUGGCAAAAACGCAGCCGGGAAUCGAACCUGUGACCUUCUGAGCCAAGGGAAAGUUCUUAUCCAUUGAGCUAUUCUCACCGAGUCUUUGCAGUAGACAAAAACUAACGGAAAUUUGCUCCAAAGGAUUUUAUCACUAAAGCAGCAUCUUACAGAUUUUAAAGGCGCAGGGCGGAGCCCCAAAACCACUUGCGCCUUUAAAACUGUUAUGAAUGGACUAUUCCUCAUUUUUUCCAUUGUUUGUCCUAUUUUCCAUUCUACAUCGAAGUCGAGGCUUUUAGGUUACCAAAAACUUUAAAAAAAUGAUCAUAACUAUAGCUCAGCCGGUUAGAACCUUGCCUACACUCCCGACGUCAUUGGUUCGAAUCUUCAAGAUGCUAAAAAAUUUUUUGCUAUUUUUCAAAAAGGCAAAAAACACACACAAACCAGGGAUAAUAACUUCCUCAAGACGUAUAAUCGUUCGGAGAAAAAAUGAUGAAAAAAAAAUUUUUGUGCACGUCAUUUGCAUGGAGUAAAGAUAUUUUUUUCUUUUUUUAAUGAAGAAAUUUUUCGAAUACUACCACCAAAAAGGUCACUGGUUCGAGUCCUCUCGGCGGACAAAAUUUUUGCCUUUUUAGGAGCUUUUCUCUUUGAAGCUUUUCUAUGACCAGAAUCCGCUGAUUUUUCUACUUGACUGAGAAUAUUUUCACUGCUAGCUUAAAGGUCACAGGUUCGAGUCCUCUCCUCGUUUUUGCCAUUUUUGCAAGUCAAACAAUAGUAUUUUCCCCGUUUUACCUUUGCAAAAUACCCACCAAAUGCAAAUAGAAAUUUCUCACAAUUGGUCCAAUUUCAUUCGAUAGCCCGUUUUUUUCAAGAAAACUAGUCCUUUUUUCGUUUUUAUCCACAAUAAAUGGAUUAAUCCCGUUGAGAAAUCACCCAAAAAAGUCAAUUUAAUAUAGAAACCAACUCACCACUCUUCGUAAAUCAUUCCAAUUCAUUUCAAACUACAAACGGAAGUUUUUACGAUUCAUAAAAUCCUUCAGUUGAGCGGAAGAAUUGCCCUUUUUGCAUUGAAAUUUCCGGUUCCCUCUAUGAUUUUUCAGGCUCGUUAGCUAUAUUUUAUCCGGGUUUUGUUCAAAAAACGUCAUUUUCCUUCCUUUUCAAAGCAGUUUAGCAUGAGGAAGUCAGAUAAACGUUUGAAAAGCCUUCAGUUUCAUAUUUUACAACUAAUUUUUUGAAUCUUCUGACUUUUUCCUAUUGAAAAAGGGGAUACUUCAUUCGCUAGAACUUGAGAGAGUAUUUAGUGUCUGCGCUCUCUCUUCUCUAAUCAAACGAGAGAGUGAGAGAGCGCAGACAUGUCAGAAAGAUGAUUCGUCGUUUUUUUUAAUCAAAAAGUCAGGAAAAUUCCAAAACAGGACCCUGAACGGUUGACAGUAACCCUUGCUUUCUUGCUAGGCGCGCUGAAUUUAGACCCUUACUCUUUAUUGCAAAAUAUUGCUCAUUUUAUAGAAAAUCCCGGAGUCGUAAACACCUUCAAAGUUUAACUUUGCUCAUGUUACCUCAUUCUACCCAUUCCUUUUGAACCAUUUCAUUAUUUUUCAGGCGGUUAAUUUGGUCCUUUACUCUUUAUUGCAGAAUAUUGCUCAUUCUAUAGUAAGCCCCGAUUUUCAGUCUAAAAACACUUCAAAAAUUUUAGUUUUGUAGUUUAUGUUAGCUCACAUCAUUCUUACUUUCAAAAAUUCUUCUUCUGGAAACUGCGCCAGACCAAAAACGACUUGCGCUUGUGACAUCAAACCGCGACCCUUCGAGCCAUUCCGCGUGCGACCACGACGUUUCUCUUUCUUUAUGAAUCAAAAGCCUUUAUCAAAAACUUAUCAGAUAUCAAAAACCAGGCGAUUGACGCACCGCCGGGCUCACAAGUCAGAUUAGAAGAAGCCCUUGUUUUAAGAAAAGCGUUCCGCCCCGUUUCGUCUCAUUUUCAUGUCUCAUUCAUGUUUUGAAACAAGUGUAUAAUAAAAAAAAAACGGAUCGAUUUCAUUUGUUGCGCCGGCUGAAAAAGUCACACCGGAAAUGUUUGUUCCGCCUGGACUUUUUCUGCUCUGAUUGUCCCUUUUUCGAAAAAGAAAAGUUUCCUUUCUAUUCAACAAUUUCAGCUUCAUUUCACCGUGAAUUUCGAAUUUUCGGGUUGAUAUUUCAAGCUUCAAACUUUUCAUUUAUUGUAAAAUCCAUUAUGGCCUUUAGUUUUGAAUAGGAUUUGAGAAAAAAUAGCCGCGUGGUUAUUUAUUUCUGCGCUCUAUUGCUAAAUUUGAAAAAAUAAUAUUCUUCCUGCGUUUCAGCUUGAUUAAUAUGUAGCAAACUUGAAUUUUUCCCCAGAACUCCCAUAUUUUCCUGAAAAUUAGCGAUAGAGCACACAAUGACAUGAUAAAAUGGCUGUAUUAUGUCAGCACGGGCUCUUUUUCGUGUUUUUUUUUUCAUGGAUAAAUUUUCAGCGGCAAUGAUGUCCCUCUCGGUGCCACGGACAUCCAGAUCGCUGAGCCCAGCACUUGCUAGAAGUGCUCCGACGUCGCCUACAGUUCGUCAUCCGCCUGCCGAGGCUUACGGUAAGCCAUUUUCGAAUGCGGAUCUUGUGUAGGAGUUCAAAAGCCAUUCUAUGGCCUCCCUGUGAGCUUUUGAAAGACUUUCUAAACUGAAAAAGAGCUGAAAAGCUCACGAAUCGUCCUCAAAGCGUGCCUAGAAAGGUAAAGCGCCUUUUUUUCAACCGCGACGCGACCGCGAACGCUUCUAAAGCCAUUCCGAUCCUUGAUGGGAUCGUAAGGAAUCAAAACGACGAAGGCAAGCUUCUGAAGCCAUUCCAAACAUGGUGAUGACCUUUUUUAAUGCAUUCAAACCUGAAUAAGUGACUCUGAAGAUGUCUUGAAACGCGACCGUAGACGCUUUUGAAGCCAUUUCCAUCUUUUACGUUACUAUAUGAGAUUCGAAAAACCGUUACGAACCGCGACGAGACCGCAAACGCCUUCAGAGCCAUUCCAAAAGCGAUCUCGGACAUUUGUAAAUCAGUAAAAACUUUCUAAAGAUGUCUCGCAACACGCAGACGCUUUUGGAGUCAUUUAAAACUUGAGGUGACUAUAUAAAAUUCGAAAAGCCAUUCUGAACCGCGACGCGACCGCGAACGCUUUCAGAGCCAUUCCAAACGUCCUACGAAUUUUUUUGAGUCUUUCCAAGCUGCAAGAUGGCUGGAAAAUGCGUUUCCUAAAACAAUACCGCUUACGCUAUUGAAUCCAAAUGGAUUACAUAAGAUUCUGAAAACCAUUCCAAACCGCGACGCGACCGCAAACGCUCUUAGCGCUUCUAGAGCCAUUCCGAACUGCGGCUCGUAAGUUGUAGCUCAAAAUAAAUUUAAAUUUUUGAUGUAAGAUCAAGAACGCGUUCUCAACCCCGCGGCUCAAAAUUCAAGCCGAUUCUAGCCGCGACGCGUUAACUCAAAAGCCACUCGGAACCGCGACGCGACCGCAAACGCUUCUGAAGUCGUUCAAACCUGCGACCCUAGAAGCUCAGAAGCCGUUCCAAGCCGCGAAGUGCCACCAAACACUUCUAAAGCCGUUCCAAACCUCUAAAUAAUCCAUUCCCAAUGACUAAAAAAUCUCCAAAUUUUCGAAACAGGAAGUUCCGCAUUAGUUUUGCGAAAAAGUCCAGACGUGACUCAUUAACAAAUCAUAUGCUUGAGAAGUUGUCGGCCCAAAUUAGGUGUGAUAUUUUUGGUGACCUUUUUGGGGCAGCUGAAAUUUUAGGUUAGAAAAAACAAGCUUUGAGGAUUUAUUUUUGAAUUUUCAGACGAUUAACUUCCUCCUAGUUAUAGCUAAGCUACUAGAAAAAUAUUAAUUUAGACUUUUUCGAUUUCUUGGCCGCAUUUGGAAUGGCUCUGGAAAAUUUUUUUUUUCUUGAUUAUUUUUUUGGUAGUUUUCUCUGUACUAGAGUUCUACUAGUAGGAGUAGCUAACUUGGAAAGUUUUCCAGUUUGAUUUAGACUUGAUAAUUUUUUGGCCGCAUUUGGAAUGGCUCUAGAAAUUUUUUUUCUUGAUUUUUUUGGUAGAUUUUUCUGUACUAGAGUUCUACUAGUAGAAGUAGCCAACUUGGGAGAUUUUUCCGUUUUAUUUGGGCCGCAUUUGGAAUGGCUCUAGGAACUAUUUAAGCUUCUUCACGCACCUGAAAUGAACAAAAUGAGAUCGAAAAACACGGCGUCAUUUUUCCCAAUUUCGUAUCAAUUUCAUUCCUUGUGCUCAUUGGAAAAGAGCACAUUAGGUGUCGUCUUGCAAAAAAAUAUUUUUUCGAGCAAGGAAACAAGUUUUUUUAUCUACUGAACAUUUUGAGGAAAAAAUAGCUAUUUCUGUCGAAAUUUUCGAAAAAUUGUUAUACCAACUUAUAUUUCCAAGCUUCAUCAUGAGGUCUAGACACCAAGUUUCUCAAUAAAUGGAAAAAAAAUGAAGGAAUUUUGAUCAAGCCACUUAGUCAGUAAUGGGAUAGCCGUCGUGUCGUCACAUCAUAUGACACUAAUCUCCUCCUCAUUCGUUGCAAAAAGAAGACGGAAAAAAUGUCCUUUUCAAGCUUGUUUCACGCAUUUUUCCUUAAGAACUCUUGAGAGAAAUUUGUGAAAUCCAGAUUUAUCCUUGAUAGCUUUUAAGCCGCAUUUGGAAUGGCUCCAUGAUUUAUUUGAUCUUCCAAAACAUUCUUAAAUCUUUCAAAAAAAAUUUUUAAAACUUUUUCCGACCGAUUUUCAUUUUUUUUUUUCCUUUUCCUAAUGAUAUAUUUGUUCUGAUAAAUCAGAGAGAUCUCAGAAAAUUAUUAAUAGUAAUAAAAGGCCUCUCAGAAGGCUCAAAAAUCAAUCCAGAUUUUUUUUUGAACUCGUUUAUUUUGAACUAUGGAAGUUUAAACUUAUCAAAUCCUUAUACACAGAUAAAAAAUCGCCCUUUUAGUGUUAAAAUUUGAAUUCUCUGAGAUAUUUUAAUUUUUUCAAGCUGCUGGUUUCAUAUUGUGGCGAUUGAGGUGUUUUUAAUAGUUCUAACAAAAAUUUGGGAGCCCGGGAAAUUUUAAACUUGUUACUUACUGCAAGGUUUUGCAUGUGGAAGGGCUGCGAAACGGCAUUUCUAAAAGUGCCCCCGACCCAAAACGACUUUCGCGCGUUGACAUUGAACAGAUCCCCAGAUGCACCUGGAAGCCAACCACAACCACUGAACCAGAAAAUUCCAAAAUUCAGCAAAGAAAAAUUCCUUUUUCGGGUAUUUUCAGACCUGAAACUUGCAAAAUACAGCCUUAAAACAGAGAUCUUAGCAACUUUUUUUGAUGUUUUAGGAGAAAGUUGUGUACUUCAAAGGUUGACUUCCAUUUCAGUUCAUUUUGGGCCCAGCGUAAACAAAAGUGAUGUGACUUUUCGUAAAUCGACACAAGGAGAACGGCUCCUGGAAGCCACGCCCAUUUUUGAAAAAUUAAGGGAAUUUUUAAGUUUUGAGAAGUUUCAAGUGGUUUCAAAGCCGUUUUUUUCGAUUUUUUGAAAUAAGGUGCUCGUAAAUCCAUAGGAGCCGAUCUAUUCCUGUAGAUAAAACUUCGAAAAAAAUGCUAAAAAAAAAUUUUUUUGAUUUCAUAAAUAUGAUUUUUUUCGGCUCUACAAGCAUAUCCCAAGGAGGCUCAAACAAUUUUUUUCGAUCUUUGAAUUUAUUUGAGCGAUAUUUUUUUAGACCGAAAAAUUGCCCGUUUCAGUGCAAAGAAGUAAAUAUAAACAAGGCCCUGCAGAAGCUGGAAAAAAAUAUUAUGAAUUUUUCUAUUUCCUUCGGCAUGACUAAUCAGUCGCCACGUGCCUUGAAGCCUUAGAAAUAAUAAAAAACAAGCGCUUUUUUUUUCUUGUUAAAAACUUCAAAACGUUCCUUAAUCCUCACGUGUUUUCUCUCGCCAAACCCUUCAAAUAGGAGUUCCCGAGAAAAUUGCGUAUUUUCUUUUUUCAGAACAAAUUCCAUCCGCUCUUUCUGGAUGUGUUUUCCCUUUGAAAGUUUUCGCGUUUUUAGAUGGAUUUUUAGAGUUCGAUCCUGCUCAUUUUUCAAAAUUUUAAGUUCAAAAAACAUUUCAUGGAUCUGAAAAAUCGAAAAAAAUAAUUAAAAAAUAAUCCUGAAUAUCAAAAAAUAGCCGCGACGCCUCUAAAGCCAUUCCAAAUGCGACCAUUAAGCUUCAAAUCUCAAAUGAGCCUCACGACACGGUAAAAAGGAUCUUUUUCAAAAUGGCAAAAAAAAAAUUGUCGUCAGCGGGGAUUGAACCUAGGACCCCUGUAGUCGAACCUAGGAGCACAAAUGUUGCGCCAAGUCUAAUAUUUUUUUCCUCUUCGCAGUUUUUUUACCUUCAAUUUAAUUUUUACCCUUUUUCAAAAAAAUUAAAAAAACAGUUCAAAAUUGAGUUUUAUAGUUUUUUUAUGAUGAUCCCUAGUACUACCGCAACGCGACAUCGACGCUCAGAGCCAUUCCAAAUGCGACCUCAAUGUCUUAAACCAGUAUAUUAGCAUUCCAUUAUGGUAGAAAGUCGUUCUGGAAAUCAGCAAAAGGGAAUGACCGCCCUUGGGAUUGAACUUACGACCUCUAUAGUUGUGUUCAAGCGCACUGGCACUGCGCCACUAACACUCGAAAGCAGCCUCAAUGGUUAGCAGCGCCCAAAUACUCCAUUUUUUUUCAACUUAUAACCAAGAAAGUGGAAAAAAAUGUACAGAAAAAUUAUUUUCCUUCCACCAACCUUGCAUAUGAAAAAAUUCCCAUGCAGCAAAAUUAAUUCCAAUUUCAUAGCUUCUGCUCUUUGCCUCCAUUCAUUCACUUAUUAAAGUUUUUUUUAGACUCUAGUGAAGAUCACGAGGAAGCGAAAUAAUGAGCUUAAUAAGUGUAAUAAGGUCCAAAGUAUUGGGGGAAGAAAAUUCGACGCGACCUCGUGCGAAAUGAAUUUUCGAAAAAUUUCUACGCCAAAACAAAUAAAUGUCGAGCUAAUUUUAGACGUGAGCGUGUUAUUUUUGAGUGCGUGGGAAGCGUUUUGAAGACAUUUUGACCCUAUAAACCGGACGGAAAGCUCAUUUUUCGUUUUAAAUGCAUCGAAACAGAUUUAGAUGCCUAUGUGCGCAAGUCGUUUCAGGUCGGGCGCUCCUUGAAAUCACAAUUUAGUUCGAAUUCUAGAUUUCUCGCUUAUUCUCAUCUUCCUUGAUUUAAAAAAAAGUUUCAAAUAAUCCUCUUUCCUUAAUUUUUAACUUCAUGGCCGCAUUUGGAAUGGCUCAAACUCGUCCAUUUUUUAAUGUUAGCCAUUCUCUUUUUUAUCCUGCGAAUCUAAGCCCCAACUCUUGGCCUCUCAACUACAAAACCCAUCAUUUUCCGAGAACCCCCAGAAAUAUCUGAACUAUACGAUUUUCUCAUGUCAGCUUCGAAAAAAAGCAGAAAAAAGUGGGCGGAGCUUGGACUUUUGGAAUUCGAUUCUCAUCUGAUUUCCACUGGUUCCUUGGCCCCUUUUUUCGGUUGUUUCUGCAAAUUUCUUUCGAUUUUUGAGAAAAGUUUGCGAAAACUCUAUUUUUAGUCUGGAUUAUAGGAAAAAAUAAGGCAGGUGUAAUUUUUCAUUUGAAAUUUAUGUAAUUCACCUGCUUUCUAAUCUCGAAUCGCUGUAUUUUUCUCAUUUUUCCUGUUUUUUUCUGGUUAGCAUGAUUUUUUUUCAGUUUGAAAAAAUAUAGUUGAAUCAUGAUAGCUUGCUGUUAAUUUAAAGGCGCAUGAAGAAAGUUAAAAAAAUUAACUUUGACUGGAAAUUGAAGAUUUUCUUGUCCUGCGUCUUUGAAAUGCUUUUUGUAGAUGAAUUUUUGAAUAAAAUAAUUUUUUUGAGUCUACAAAAAAACAGAAAAAUAUGACGUCAUCAAUCAACGACAUUCCACUUGACGCUGUAUCCGAUUUUUCCUCUUGAGAUAGAAUAAUUUAAAUUUUUUUAUGAAGUUACUCCAAGCUUGAAAAAAAUCAGUUUUUUUCAGAAUUUUAAAAAAAUAAAAAAAUUAAGGUAACUUUAAAAAAAACCUCCUUUCACUCAAAAACGGCAAAAAGAACUUGUCUUCUGAAGUUAGAAAAAAAGAGAUGACGUCAUCAAUUAACGAGGUUCCACUUUACGCUGUGUUUGAUUUUUUUCUUUCGAUAUAAUUUUUCCGCCUCUAGAUUCAGAUAACUUCAUGAAGUUACAAGCUAAAAAUCUGCUUUUUCAAAAAAAUAAAGUUAAGGUGAACUAAAAAAACGUCCUUUCACUCAAAAAGACAAAAAUAACUCGUCUCAUCAAGUUGGAAAAUAAAUGACGUCAUCAAUUAACGACACUCCACUUGACGCUGUAUCCGAUUUUCCACUAGAUAUAAAAUUUUUUUUCCAGCUCUAAAAAAUUCAUGAAGUUACUACAAGCUGAAAAAUCUGCUUUUCAAAAAUAAAGUUAAGGUAAACUAAAAAAAACGUCCUUUCACUCAAAAAAGACAAAAAGAACACCUUUCCUUAGUCAAAAGGAUUACCAAAGUUCAUUUUGGCAAUAAUCCAGCUGCAUGACGAAAAUAGCCCGACGUCACAGGGGCUAUUUACACUCAACAAAAAAUGUGUACAUUCCGGGUUCUUUGCCCCUUUUUCGUUCUUGCCUACAAAUCUACCCAUCGUCGGCUUUGAAAUCGUCACCUCUUUGCCAAAAGCUCAUAUUAUCCGCUUGCAAGACGUUUUUUAGGCUAGAAUUAGAAAAAAGAGAAGUGACGUUUUUUCAGACCCAUAUUUAUAGCGAGAAGAAGCGCCUGUUGCUAUGGGUUUUUUUUCGCUUUCCAAAUUUUAUAGUCUAUUCACCACUACUUUAGAUAUUUUCAACUGCACCCGACCUCUCAUGACUUUUCCAGAGGCGAGAGACAACAGAUAGCGGCGAGAGUGCUAGAGAAUUUGUGGUUUCUCAAUCCCAGGCGAUAGAUAGUGAGAGUCCAGACAUUUAGAGAAAGAAAAACCAUUUUUCUGUUUUUUUCUUCACAUACUCCUCAGAAAUCAUUUUUUUCUUUUUCUCUAGCUGUCUGUUCCCUCUGUCAUUCUCUUGUUCUUGUCUCCUCGGUGAAAGUGGAAGAGAGUCCAGACGGUUAGAGAAAGAAAAAAAAACCAUUUUCUGUUUUUUUUUCUUCACAUACUCCUCAGAAAUCAUUUUUCUUUUCUCUAGCUGUCUGUUCCCUCUGUCAUUCUCUUGUUCUUGUCUCCUCGGUGAAAGUGGAAGAGAGUCCAGACGGUUAGAGAAAAAAAACGACUUUCUUGAUUUGUAUCUUCACAAACUGUUCAGGCCAGAUUAAGGCAACAUUUUUCCAUUCUCUAGCUGUCUGCUCCCUCUUUCAUUUCUCUUGUUCUUGUCUCUUCGAUGAGAGUGGAAGAGAGUCCAGACGGUUAGAGAAAAAAGACGACUUUCUUGGUUUUUUUUUCAAAUCUUGUUCAGGCUUGAUCAAGACAUGAUUUUUCAUUUCUCUAGCUGUCUGUUCCCUCUCUCAUUCUCUUGUCCUUGUCUCUUCGGUGAGAAAGAAAGAGAGUCCAGACGGUUAGAGGAAAAAUAUGACGUCAUUUCCUAUGCUAAAUAUCUUAAAGAAAGAUGCAUAUUUUCAAUACCGUACUUUAAAAUUUUUCAAAAUCGACUUUAACUGUCUAUACUCUCUUCUCCUCACAUUAUAUCUCAUUUUAGAGUUUGAGAGAGCCCAGGUAGUUAGACAAAAAAGAAGAUGACGUCACAUUAAAUGCUAAAUUUAUGAAGAAAAGCGUCAACCGUAGUUUGGUUUUAAAUUGUUCAUAAUGACUUUAACUGUCUAAACUCUCUUUUUUCCAUGUCACAUCUCAUUUUUAGAUGUUGCUAUACUCUCUUCUCUCGAUUUUAUGUCUCAUUUUAGAGAUUGAGAGAGCACAGGUAGUUAGACAAAAAGGAUGAUGACGUCUUAAUCAAUGUUAAACUUACGAAGAGAAGCGUCAACCGUAGUUUGAUUCAAACUUUUUAAAAAAUUGACCAGUCGAACUGUCUAACUGUCUAUGCUCUUUCGCUCCCAUGUUAUAUCUCAUUUUGAGAGAUUAAGAGAGCCCAGGCCGUUAGAUAAAAAAAAAUGAUGAUGUCUCGUCAAAGGCUAAAAUUACGAAGAAAAGCGUCAACCGUAGUUCGAUUUAAAAUUGAUCAUAAUAACUCUAACUGUCUAUAAUCUCUACUCUCGAUUUUAUAUCUUAUUUUUAGAGAUUGAGAGAGCCCAGGUCGUUAGACAAAAAGAAUGACGUCACAUUCAAUGCUAAAUUUACGAAGAAAAGCGCCAACCGUAGUUCGAUUUAAAAUUGAUCAUAAUGACUCUAACUGUCUAUACUCUCUACUCUCGAUGUUAUAUCUUAUGUUUAGAGAUUGAGAGAGCCCAGACGGUUAAACAAAAAAGAUGACGUAAAUUUGCGAAGGAAAAUGACAAUCCCUGAUCACUAGAGUUCUCAAAACCGAACGUUCAAAAAAAUGACCGUUUGAAAAAAAUGAACUUUUUUUCAUUUUUUUCGAUAGUUUAGGAUAUAUCAUUUUUCAAACGUUCAACCAAAAAGUUCGAAAAUCGUUUUUCUUAUAAUAAUGAACGUUUGCUUUUUCACAUAAAAACGGACGUUCGUUUUUUUGAACGAACUGUUUUUGAAAUGGAAAAAUGAACGUUCACUUUUUUUGAACGAACUUUUUCACGAGCGAAAAAAAUGAACGUUCAUUUUUUUAAACGAACUUUUUGGAAAAUGGAAAAAUGAACGUUCAUUUUUUUGAAACGAACUUUUUGAAAUGGAAAAAAAUGAACGUUCAUUUUUUUGAACGAACUUUUUGAAAAUGGAAAAAUGAACGUUCAUUUUUUUAAACGAACUUUUUGGAAAAUGAAAAAAAUGAACGUUCAUUUUUUUGAACGAACUUUUUUGAAAAUGGAAAAAUGAACGUUCAUUUUUUUGAACGAACUUUUUAAAAUGAAAAAAAUGAACGUUCAUUUUUUUGAAACGAACUUUUUGAAAAUGGAAAAAUGAACGUUCAUUUUUUGAACGAACUUUUUGAAAUGAAAAAUGAACGUUCAUUUUUUAAACGAACUUUUUGAAAAUGAAAAAUGAACGUUCAUUUUUUAAACGAACUUUUUGGAAAUGAAAAAUGAACGUUCAUUUUUUGAACGAACUUUUUGAAAAAUGAAAAAUGAACGUUCAUUUUUUAAACGAACUUUUUGGAAAUGAAAAAUGAACGUUCAUUUUUUGAACGAACUUUUUGAAAAUGGAAAAAUGAACGUUCAUUUUUUGAACGAACUUUUUGAAAAUGAAAAAUGAACGUUCAUUUUUUGAACGAACUUUUUGAAAAUGGAAAAAUGAACGUUCAUUUUUUAAACGAACUUUUUGGAAAUGAAAAAUGAACGUUCAUUUUUUGAACGAACUUUUUGAAAAUGGAAAAAUGAACGUUCAUUUUUUGAACGAACUUUUUGAAAAUGGAAAAUGAACGUUCAUUUUUUUGAAACGAACUUUUUGAAAAUGAAAAAAAUGAACGUUCAUUUUUUUGAACGAACUUUUUGGAAAAUGAAAAAAAUGAACGUUCAUUUUUGAACGAACUUUUUGAAAAUGAAAAAAAUGAACGUUCAUUUUUUUGAACGAACUUUUUGGAAAUGAAAAAAAUGAACGUUCAUUUUUUUGAACGAACUUUUUGAAAAUGGAAAAAUGAACGUUCAUUUUUUUAAACGAACUUUUUGGAAAUGAAAAAAAUGAACGUUCAUUUUUUUGAACGAACUUUUUUGAGAAAUGAAAAAUGAACGUUCAUUUUUUUAAACGAACUUUUUGGAAAUGAAAAAAAUGAACGUUCAUUUUUUUGAACGAACUUUUUUGAAAAUGGAAAAAAUGAACGUUCAUUUUUUGAACGAACUUUUUGGAAAAUGAAAAAAAUGAACGUUCAUUUUUUUGAACGAACUUUUUGAAAAUGGAAAAAAAUGAACGUUCAUUUUUUUGAACGAACUUUUUGGAAAAUGAAAAAAAUGAACGUUCAUUUUUUUGAACGAACUUUUUGAAAAUGAAAAAAAUGAACGUUCAUUUUUUUGAACGAACUUUUUGAAAAUGAAAAAAAUGAACGUUCAUUUUUUUGAACGAACUUUUUACGAAAUGAAAAAUGAACGUUCAUUUUUUUGAACGAACUUUUUUUAAAAUGAAAAAAAUGAACGUUCAUUUUUUUGAACGAACUUUUUUGAAAAUGAAAAAUGAACGUUCAUUUUUUGAACGAACUUUUUGAAAAUGAAAAAUGAACGUUCAUUUUUUGAACGAACUUUUUUACGAACGGAAAAUGAACGUUCAUUUUGGUUGAACGUUCAAAAGCAAACUUGAACCAAAAGUUUGGUUUCAACAUUUGUUCGAAAAUGUUUGGUCGAACGUUCGUUCGAACGUUUGGUUUUGAGAACUCUACUGAUCACCCGUUGCUAUGGUCAUUUUUCAAUUUCUAUUUUCAACUCCACAUUUUUCUGCUCGCUGAGCUUUAAUCCUUGACAAUUUUCAAAUGUUUUCGUCCGUUUUUUUUUUCCUCGAUGCAAUUAUGAGGCAUUCUGUUGUUUUGGCGGAAAUAUGGCGAGAUAAUAGACGUGGAAAAAAAGAACUUGGCAAUAUUCUUUUGUCUAUUUUUGAAUGUGAAUUGGCUGACUCAAAGUGAAAAAAAUUCCCAGCCAGACAUUUUAAGGCUUCUUCCUUGUACGUAAUCAAGGUGUUGAGAAAAACACCUUGUCACCAGGUUUUCAGUAAGAUUUUGGGUUAUUAAAGAGAUUUUUUCGCACUUCUUCUUCUUCUUAGAAAGGGCGUUAUGAAUCAUCUUUUAGCCUUCUCAUUCUCAUUUUUCAGCUUUUUCCCUUGCCAAAUCUUUUCCUACUGAACGAAAGUUUGAGGCCUUCAAUCCUCUCGCAAAAAACGUCAAUCCAGCUUAAAAAGGGGGUCAUAAUCCGAAAAUACUUGCUUUCUUCUUAGAUUGAGAAGUAUAUUUAGUUUCAUUUUUGACGAAUAGAGUCUUUUCUGUCACUUUUUGAAGGCCCAAGAGCGGAAGUCGUUAUUGGUCGGGCGCAAAGGAGCUGCUUUUUUGAGUCAUCUGGAUCGUAAUUGAGUUCCGAACUGUAUUUUUGAUGCCUCCGAGCGUAAACCGUUUCUGGUCUGGCGCAAAAAAAAAAUUAGGAAAGCUGUUAUUUCUUAAACCUGUCCUCGUUACAAAAAGUAAUCUUACUGUAUUUUUUCAACUUGAUCCUUUUUGGUCGCAUUUGGAAUGACUGGAGGCCUUGUGGCUUAAAAUUGCCCUUCGAAAUCCUCUUUUUCCUACUUCUUUCUCACUCUUUUAAGCAAACAUGUUGUACAUCAACUUCAUUAACCUGGAUCGGAUAUAGCUUGGUCGCAUUUGGAAUGGCUUGCGGCUUAAAAUCGCCUUUUUCCUACUCGUUUUAAACUUCUUUCUCACUUUUCCAAGCAAAAAUGUUGUACAUCAACUUCAUUAACCUGGAUUGGAUAUAAUUUGGCCGCAUUUGGAAUGCCUCGACGCUUCGUGGCUGAACAGCUCGAUUUUUCUCGUAUUUCUUCCGAAAUUUCUCUACAAGUUGAAAAAAAAAUGUGUUUCAGGCUCGCCAAAUUUAAUGGUUCGAGAUCGCUCCGGCAGCAUUUCCUUGAGCCCAAGGAAUGUGAUCCCGGUCUGCCCCCAAUUGACGCCUUCACAGGUACUUUUAUAACUUUUUCAACUCACCUGAUCACUGAAAAACUUCACUAUUUUUCAGGUAACUGUCGUGAAAAAAUCCUGGCGCCAUAUCAACACAAAAGGACUCGUUAUCGUGUUGACUAGAUGCUUCAGCAGGGUUUGUUGAUUUUUUAUUUCUUUGAAAAUAUGUUUUGAAAAUAACUUAUGGGAUAACAAAGAACAGUCAAGAAAACUUACUUCCUGAUUAAAAAAUUCAGCGAUUUUUGGCUGUUUUUUUAACUUCUGAAAAAUGACAAAAACGUGUAGAGGAGUUGAUCCAGCGACCUUUGGAGCAACAUCUCAUGUUUCUUGGUUCUGAACAUUUUAGACGAUUGUUGAAUGCAAUAAAAAUUUAUCAAAGCCGGAACUACGGAGUGAAUAAAACGGCAAAAACGCCUCCUGGACCCGAACCAAAGACCCUUGUUUAACCGAAAAACGCUCCUAGGAAUGGAACCCAGAACCUUUUGACAGCUAAAAUUUGAAAAAUGGCAAAAACGCCUCCUGGACUCGAACCAAAGACCUCUUUGCUACUCAAAAGCUCUAACGAAUCGAACUAAAGACCUCUUGGCAGUAAAAAUCUGAAAUAAUGGCAAAAACGCCUCCUGGACUCGAACCAAAGACCCUUUUUAACCCAAAAAUGCUCCCAGGAAUCGAACUCAGAACCCCUAGGCGCAAAAGUUUGAAAAAUGGCAAAAACGCCUCCUGGACUCGAACCAAAGACCCUUUUUAACCCAAAAAUGCUCCCAGGAAUCGAACUCAGAACCCCUAGGCGCAAAAGUUUGAAAAAUGGCAAAAACGCCUCCUGGACUCGAACCAAAGACCCUUUUUAACCCAAAAAUGCUCCCAGGAAUCGAACUCAGAACCCCUAGGCGCAAAAAGUUUGAAAAAAAUGGCAAAAAAACGCCUCCUGGACUCGAACCAAAGACCCUUUUUUUAACCCAAAAAAAUGCUCCCAGGAAUCGAACUCAGAACCCCUAGGCGCAAAAGUUUGAAAAAUGGCAAAAACGCCUCCUGGACUCGAACCAAAGACCCUUUUUAACCCAAAAAUGCUCCCAGGAAUCGAACUCAGAACCCCUAGGCGCAAAAGUUUGAAAAAUGGCAAAAACGCCUCCUGGACUCGAACCAAAGACCCUUUUUAACCCAAAAAUGCUCCCAGGAAUCGAACUCAGAACCUCUAGGCGCAAAAGUUUGAAAAAUGGCAAAAACGCCUCCUGGACUCGAACCAAAGACCUCUUUUCAACUCAAAAACGCUCCCAGGAAUCAAGCUCAGAGCCUCUUGGCGGCAAAAAUUUGAAAAAUGGCAGAAACGCCUUUUGGACUCGAACCAAAGACCCCUUUUCAGCUCCAGUCAAACAGUCCCAUCGCCACGCAAUGCUUCCAAUCGGCCACGUAUUCCCUUUCGACCAAUCCAAACCAAGUCAGAAGUGUCGCCGACCACGCCCAGUACCUCCUCCAGCUCCUCGACAAAAUCGUCGAAGGCGAUAUUGUGAGUUUGAGAGGAAUGUUGAGCUUGGAAUGAAAAUUUUGAUACUUUAGGAUUCUGAGGCUCUCCGAGAGAUCGGCGCUAACCAUGUGAGCCUGAAGAAUGACUUCGGGUUCAGCAACCAGGAGUGGGACCGAUUCCAGGAGAUCAUGGUCGACGUGAUCUUGAAGCAGGACGGCGUCAAGCAGAGCAAAGAAACCAGGUUUGGGAUUGAACCAGAGAGCUUUUUAGUGAUGGUGUAGCUUCUUAGCCACUUGGCCAAGGAGCUAGGAAGAGAUGAAGGAAAACUGAGAAAACCCUUGGGAGGACCUGAACUCGGAACCUUGUUUUUGAUGUCAUUCAUUUAACCCGCUGAGCUAUUCAAAGGCAAAAAAUUCAUGAUAAUGGAUUCUGGAUACAUUCUGAAGAUGGUUGGUAAACCGUUAAAAUCUUUCAAACGGAAGCUUGAAAACAGCAAAAACCUUGAGAGGAGUCGAACCUGCGAGUAUUAUUCAUUUAACGGGUUGAGCCAUAGCGUUAUAUUUUCCCCAGUAGAUGUAACUGCAGUUAAAGAUAGAUAUAGUUUUGAAAAAAUUAAAAAAAUUAAUCAUUGAAAUGGCAAAACCUGGUGUGGACUUGAACUCGGGACCCCAUGUUCGGUGCUUUUUCUCUACCCCGUUGAGCCAUGAGAAUGUAAUUUUAUCCGUCAAUCAUUUGAUUUAUAACCACUAAUGAAGACUUCUCUGAAGUAGUUGAGAAAAACUUAAGGGUACUGGGAAAAUUUUAAGGGGUCUCUUUAGGGUUUUUGAAGAUAAUAGCCAGAUUAGUGGCCCCUUAAGGGUUUUUGACGAUAAUAGUCAGAUUAGUGGCCCCUCAAGUGACUUCUAUAUGAGUGACCUCUUUAAGUAGUCCUUAAGGGAUCUCUUAAGUGGCCCCUAGAGUUGCUCUCCGCAAGUUGUAGCAAAAGACCUUGACCUUCUAGGGAUUUGAACCAGGAACCUCAUUUUCUUCCAUCUUUUUCUUACCAACUAAGCCAUAAAUGUAUUCUUUUCCAGCCGAGCUUGGCGGCUGCUCAUCUGCUCCCUAGUGGAAUUGAUGCGUGACGGAUUCGACGCCACCCUUCGUCAGUACCGAAGAAAACACUCCUUCAACGCCCACACCCAGUAUUUUGAGGAUAUUGAAAGGUUAGUUUUUGAAUUUCUAUAGAGAGAAAAGAACUUUUGGUUGUGAUUCUAAUGAUAGAUAUUGUACAUGGAAGUUGUAGUUUUGAGCUGGAUUUUUCUAUCUCAACCUAAUCUUUUUGAUUCUAAACAAAAAUAAACGUUUCAGACGAGUCUCAUUAUGCCCGAGCAGCCGGAAAAUCUCCCUGACCUCAGAUCCCCGUCUGACGCCCAACUCCCAUCGGAAAUUCUCCAACUUUUCAUAAUAUCUUGUAAAUCUUCUUGAUGAACUUCUGUGAUCUCUUCCAUAUAACCUAUUCUAUCGACGAUUUUGUUCAUAUCUGAAUUUUUUGAAUAUAAUAAAAGAUUUUUUUUGAACGGUUCAAAUCACAGAAAAAAGUGAUCAACGGCUACAUUAUAGGGACCGCAAAGCCACGGAAAGCGGUCGAACGCAAGUUUUUUUGAACGGUUAUAUACAUUUAUUAGUGAGAAAUCUUUCAAUUAAAAAGAAUAAAAUAAAAAAAUUCGUCUUUGCCAAAAAAAUUUACGGGGCCGUUUUUAAUGCAGCGAUCGUUAAAAGAGGCAAAAAAACACUAAAAAACAGUUUUCUCGAAGUGAAUUUCCACCGAAAGUUUGAGUAAAGAUUUGCAAACACAUUCUGAUGAAAAUAGCAAAAUUAAUUCAACUUUCUAUUUUUGAAAUAGGCAAUCUGUGCUAUUCAAGCGGCUCAAGGGUAUGGGGGAUGGAAGUUCCCCGCGCUGGACCUAACUGCUUGGCGCAGCGCGUGGGCUGCGAAUUGUCUUUUUGAGGUCGCGAGUUCGAUGCCCGCAUGCGUCCGUUUUUUGUUUUCUGGAAAAUACCGACUUUUUCGGCAAACUAGCAAAUUUUUAUCAUUUUAGCACUCUAUUAUGAUUUUUUACAUCAUAAUAGACCAGUAUCAAAACUUGUUCUAGAAGAAAAAUCGAGAAAAAUGUCAAAAUGGAUAAUACCAAAAUUUCAGUACUAAAAAAAUGGUGCGCGGCGCGCCACAUUUUUCGUCAUAACUUUUUUCAUCCUCAAUCUUUUUCGAAAAACUAAACGGUUCUGAGUUUUGAAUCGAAACAGCUAUCAAACCAUACAAAACUCAAUGCUGAAAAAAAAUUUUUGAAAAUUCGUCUGCGCUCCCUAGCUACAUUGUAGUCUAGCGUAUGGUUGAUAAAACCUCCAGUAAAACACCUUGAUUUUUGUCAUUUCCUUUUUCUUUCAAAACGUUCGCACUUUCCAGAUCGAUGGCACAUUGUGAGAAUCCACAGAAAUAUUUCCCGAUCCGUAAAGAUGCCGCUCUACGGCCAGGAUCCUUGAAGGUACUUGAUUUUUUGCCAUUUUCUUAUGAGGAUUUGAACCAGAGACCCUUGGAGUCACAGUAAAGCCCUUUAUCCGUUCGACUAUGAUGUCUUUAAGGGAAAGGUAGCUUUGAUAACCGGUGGAGGAACUGGUUUGGGCCGGGGAAUGGCGGAAAUGUUCGCCGAGCUUGGAGCCAAGGUCGCUAUCGCUGCCAGGUUAUUUUUUUCAUUUUUUAUUUGUUUUUAUAUUCAAAUAGUUCAAUAAUCAGCCUAUAAAAAUUGAAAAUUUGGUUCCGAAAAAUGGCAAAAAAGUUUCGCCGCCGAGAGGGGUUGAACCUGAGUACUAUUUAUCAAGUUAAAAAACUUUUUGGAAGCUUCCUGAUGCCGUGUUCAAAGUGAUUCCGCUAAAUUCAAAGCACCUAUCAGAAAAUGAGAAAGAUAGAGGAUUUCUGGAGAUUCAGAGAUAAAUUUUAAAUUUCGCGGGAAUUAUUUUAAAAACGACAUUAUAGAGGCUCUGCAAAAUUUCGAAUAGCAUUCAUUGAAGAAAAAUCAAUUACACCUUGGAAAAUUGGCAAAAACGCUGACAGGAACUGAACCUGAAACCCAUUGAGCAUUUCCAGAAUCUCCAAUUUUUUUUCAAUGUGAGAAGCUUGCAGAAGACUAGACAUUCUCGAAAAAACCGCCGAAGAGAUCAAAAAAUCAACCGGCGAAACUUGUGAAGCCUUCCAAAUGGACAUCAAAGAUCGGGCCAAGGUGGCCCAAUCUUUCGAUGAUAUCGUAAAAAAGUAGGCUUUUUUGAAAACUUUUUUUGAAAAAUGAUCGCAUUUUAAAGAUUCGGUGAGAUACCCAAUAUUCUGGUGAACUGUGCGGCCGGGAAUUUCAUCAUGGCGACGGAAAGAUUGUCACAAAAUGCUUAUGGGACGGUUAUCGACAUUGUUAUGAAAGGUUUUUAAGCAUAGUUAAUUUAUGAUCGAGCUAAAAAAAAAUAAAAAUAAAAAAAGUUUCUUUGAAAAAUAUAAUCAUUUCGGUCGAAAAACUAGCCACUUCUUGUUUUUUUUUUUCGCGAAAAAGGAUUGAACUUUUGACCUUCAGGACAUCAGCGACUAUUUCUAUUAGCCACUAGGCCAUGUCAAUUUUUGAAUAAUUACGAUUUUUCCUAGGCACUCUAAACGUGACUACUGAAUUCGGGCGCCGAUGUAUUGAUGCCAAAAAAGGAGGCGUCGUUCUGAGCAUCACUACACCGUAUGCUCGGUAAGUUAAGCGGGAUUACUGUAACUAACUACCGUAACCAAGAAAAAAAUCUUAAAAGAUUAUUGUAAAAGGUCCGUAUCCUCAGUAAAACUCACCGUUUUUUUUAAAGCAAAAAAUAUGGACUUUAUUCUUUUACCGUACCCUGGACCUGAUUAAAAAAAAUUUACAAUUGUAAAAUCAAAACUUUUUAUUUUUUUAUUAUCUAACAAAAACUAAAAAUUUAAAAAUAAAAAUAAAAUAACCCACUCAAGAGACCACUCAAAUUGUGCAAACACGUGACACGCCGAAUGCGGACUUUCACGUACAGUACUGGUCGGAAAAUAAAACUCGCUUUCUAAUCAAAAUAUACUCAUUUUUCUCGUCAACUUCGAAAGUUUUUUUAACUUCUUGUAUUAAAAAAACCAACCCCUGCUUUUUUUAAACCAAUUUUUAAUAAAUAUUGUAACUCGGAUCUUUUUUUUAUGACGUCACAAAAUCCUACCGUAAACUUUGAGUGCCGGAGCACCUUUUGUCGUCCCAUCGGCCGUGUCAAAAGCCGGCGUGGAAACAAUGACCAAAUCUUUGGCCGUUGAAUGGGCGAAAUAUGGCUUGAGAUUCAAUGUUAUCGCUCCGGGACCCAUUCCGACUGAGGUUCUUGGAAAUAUUAAAAUUUUAAACUGAUUAACGGAUUGAAUAAUUUUUAGGGAGCCUUCGGACGGUUAAAUUCGGUCCCGAUGGAAGUUGCGGUGGAAGCAACGAAAUAUAAGGUUAUUAUCAGGAAAUUUCCAUUGAAAAUUAAAAACACUCAAGGUGCCACUUGGAAGGUGCGGAGAAAUCGAAGAAUUGGCGAAUUUGGCGGCUUUCAUGUGCUCCGAUCACAUGUCCUGGCUCAAUGGAGCGGUAAUGAUUCGAUUUUUCGAAUUAAAAAAUUAUUUUCUGGUUCAGAUUAUCGAUUUCGACGGGGGACAGCAAUUUAUGCACCAUGGAAGUUCAUUCGGCGAUUUUCUGCACGAAAAUACGGAGGAGGAUUGGGCGAAGACCGAAAAUAUCAUUAGAAAUCGGACGGGCAAAGCGAAAACGAGCAAAAUUUAAAUUUCGAGCAAUCCUUGUGUUCGUCAAAUGUAUAAAUGCUAUUUUUUUAUGUUCGCAUGUGAAAAAAAGCAAAUUUGCUUUUUUUCAUAUUUUUUUAUUCCUCUUCACGCUAUCAACACAAAAUACCAAAGAAAAGGUAAAAAAAUUUCUUGAGAAAAAAAUAAAAUAUUUUUCAAAGUUUUUAGCCGUGGAGCGCAGACGCUGCAAGUUCACGUCGAAAAAUUUUUUUCAGUUCAAAAAUUCUUUUUAAAAAAACCUUUUUUUAUUUCUGUUUUUCAUAAAAAGCAUUGGCUACAUUGUGCCCCAAUAUUCUUCGAACCCUCUAGUGUACUUUCCUUCGCAUCGGGUGUAAACAACUGCCGCGAAAAAAACAACUUUUUCUUUUCCUGCGCGUUCUCUCUUUAAAUCUUGGUGUUUUUUCUAGUUUUUGAAUGGAUAUAAUCGUUCCUUUUUUUAAAGUAUUAUAUUUAUAAGUUACUGAAUUAACUCUUCUGGGUUUUCGCGGAAAAAGUAGAAAAAUGUUCUCUUUUGUCGUUUUUUUUUUCAAAGUCUUUUGAACUUUUUAUUUUCGUCAAAUAGGUCAUCUUCAUUGUUCUUUGGUUAAUGCUUCAUUAAAGAGUUUCAGAAUGGCAUUUUUGCAAAAAAAUGUGGAAAAGUUUUUUUCCCCGUGAUUAAAACUCCAGCGCUUCCGGCAGGCGCUUUGAAGGUAUUUUUGAGUUCAAAUUUGAAAAAAAGAAUGUUUUUCAAGAUUUUUCACUAUUUUAGUUAUUUUUUUAUAAGUUCAAAAGCUUUUUAAAACCUUAAAAAUACAUUCUAAUUUUUUUCCAAACCGUUUUUUUAAACUUUUCUGUAUUUUUCAAGGAUCUUUCGACAAAAAAAUAUAAUCAUACCGUUUUCAAAAAUUCUUUACUUGUUGAAAUAAAAACGCAAUUGAAAAAUAAAAAUGCUUUUGAAUUUUUUCAUGACAAAAUCUAGGUCUACCGUAACCUACAGUAUCUAGGGAAAAGUCGCUUUGAUCACCGGUGGCGGCACUGGGCUAGGUAAGGCGAUGGCCACCACGUUUUCACGUCUUGGAGCUUCAGUGGCGAUCGCCGCCCGGUUAGUGGUCACUUGAGUAACUCCUUAAGUGGCCAUUUACAGGAGGUUUGAUGUUCUGGAAAAGACGGCCGCAGAAAUUCAUGCGGAAACUGGCGGCAAAGUAGAGCCGUUCAAAUUGGACGUGAGGAACGCCGAAUUGGUCAAAGGGACCUUUGAUCAAAUCAGUGAAAAGUUAUUGAUUAUUCCGAUCAAUCAAUAAAAUCGAUAAUUUCAAGGUUUGGCGAGAUUCCAAACAUUUUGGUGAACAACGCGGCUGGCAACUUCAUCGGAGCCACUCAGAGACUUUCCCCGAACGCCAUUUCGGCCGUCAUUGACAUUGUUCUGAAAGGUUUUUUGGAUACUGUAAGGGUUACUGUGGAGGUUACAGUAUGCCUUUAGGGUCCCUCAAUGUCACUACCGAGUUAGGCCGACGUGCCAUUAAGCAGGGUCGUGGUGCGGCCGUUUUGAGCAUCAGUACGCCAUUUGCACGGUGAGUUUUGUAGGUUACUGUAGGUUUGAGAGGGUUACGGUAGUUCUUUCAGAAAUGAUAGGUUUCUUCAAGCAAAAAGCCGAGAAAAGAUCUGAAAUUAGCUUGGAGAUUACUGUAGCUCUGAAAGGAUACUGUAGUUUCACGUAAAUGGAAAAUGAGGCCAAAAAACUUGAAAGCUUACUGUAAAUGUAGAAAGAUAAGGUUACGGUGUUUGCAGAAAAUUUAAUGCUGAUCGGUUUUUUUUUCGAGCAAAAAGCCGGAAAAGUUCUAGAAUUAGAUUGGAGAUUACUGUAGCUCUGAAAUAGGAUACGGUAGUUUCACGUAGACGGAACGCCAAAAGUUUUGAAAACUUACUGUAGAUUUAGAAAGAUACUGUGACAAAAAUGCCUUAUUCGGAUAAAGAGCUCAAUUUUUUUUUUCUCACUCCCACUAUGAACAAUAACGUCACUAAUAUCUACAGUAACCCAGGGAAUCGAAAGCUUACUGUAUUUAUGGUAUAGGUUACGGUCGUUUUGAGUUUUGAAUCGAAAAUCAGCUCAUUUUUUGAACAAGCUUUGUAACCUGUUCAUUCACUGACGUCAUUAAAUCCUACCGUAGUAUCUUACUGUAUUUUAGCGCUGGAGCACCCUUUGUCGUCCCAUCGGCUGUGUCAAAAGCCGGCGUGGAAACCAUGACCAGAAGUUUGGCAAAUGAAUGGGCCAAAUAUGGCCUCAGAUUCAAUGUUAUCGCUCCGGGACCCAUUCCCACCGAAGUUUAAAAAUUUCAGAAUUUUCCUGGGAAAUUUUUGAUUUUUAGGGAGCCUACGGUAGGUUGAGCACCUCUUCAUUGGAAGACACUGAGAAAACUUUGAAUCAGUCGGUAAAAAAUGAUUUUUCGAAAAUAUAUUGAUUUUCCGAUUUGAGGUCCCAGUGGGAAGGUGCGGAAGACCCGAAGAAUUGGCCAAUUUGGCCGCAUUCAUCGUCUCGGAUUACAUGUCCUGGAUGAAUGGAUCGGUACAUUCUCAGCGAUUUUUGAUUUAUUUCAAAAAAAAAGGGAUUUCCUUAAAAAGAAAAAAUUCAGAUCGUCGACUUCGACGGCGGCCAGCAGUUCAUGCACCAUGGCAGUUCUUUCGGCGAAUUUUUGCACGAUUGGGACGAGAAAAAAUGGGAAGAAGCUGAGAAUCUGAUCCGUGGCCGGAGCGGAAAGAGUAAAUAA